AUGUAUGAAAACCCAACUAGUUAUCACUAUGAGACGAUUCCUUCGUCACUUGUACAAUCAUUAUACAACAAAAACGAUGCACAACAAACAUCGAUCGAUAUCCCAUCGGAAUCCAAUUCAUCCGAUGAAAUAAAAGCUAAUCUCAACUCACUUAUGCCGUCAUUUCAAAGGAAGCUUCCAAUUGCAUCAGUAGUUAUUUUAGGUCUUUUCGAAUUCCUAUGUGGAAUAGUCGUUCUCACACUUGAAUUAUUGAUUUUCGAUAUCGGACUCGGCCUUUGGUGUGGAGUCAUCUAUGCACUCGCCGGUGCAGCUAUUCUCGUGCUCGUUAUUGGUACCGAUCGCGAACGUCAUCAGACGUCAGCUGUAUUGAUUUUUCAAUUAGUUGCAAUGAUGUUUACGAUUACUGAACUAUUCUUACAUAACGAAUCAUAUCGAAAACGAUGUAUAACAAAGGCCAACGAACCAACACGUGAGAUGACCUUCCACUGUCAGAUUCUUCUGAUUCAAAUAGUUGCUGCUGCGAUUGUACUCGUUAGUACGAUUGUUUUUUCGAUAAUCUAUUUUCGAGUAACAAUGAUUGUACUCAAACAACCACAUGGCACCUGUAACAUGUCGAAUGCGCUCAAUUUAAACACUUGCUAA